AUGGCAACGUCUGUGCUUGGCGUACUCUUGGCUUUAUUAGCUGUUUCUACAGCUUGGCCCGAAGACUAUGGGCUAAUUAUACUGGACUCUGGUCCUCGCUUCCAGUAUAUGUCAAGCCCUCAAGGUCUCGAAGUAGUGGACCUUGCCUGGAGGCCGAGCGAUCUAUUGAAUAAGAUAUUAUUCAACCCUGAAACUGAUGUCAAUAUCCACCUUUAUACCAGGAAAAACCCCAAAGUGCCCCAGCUAUUAAUUCUAGGGGCAAAUAAUAUCUUAUCUUCAUCCAACUAUGAUCCUGCUAAGAAGACUGUAGUCAUAGCCCAUGGGUGGAAGAAUACUCCUGAUGAUGAUUUUAAUGUUCUUUUAGUUGCUGCAUAUCUGCAAGCUGAGGAUAUAAACAUGAUCAGUGUGGAUUGGAGCACAGGAGCCCGCGCCUCAUACGAUAUCGCCAUAUUUAAUAACAUCAGGACAGGAAAAUAUGUUGCGAAAUUCAUCACCUGGUUGAACUCGGUAACUGGAGCGUCCCUGGACAACUACCACCUCAUCGGGCACAGUUUGGGUGGACAGCAAGUUGGAAUCAUUGGACGGUACGUGGGCGGAGAGGUCGCUUACAUUACUGCUCUGGAUCCAGCGAUGCCCGGCUGGACCCUGAACCCAUUUGGCUUCAAGUCCACUGACGGGAAAUACACGGAGGUGAUACAUACUAACGCUGGGCUUUCUGGUCGCGCUUCAGCUCUCGGUGACGUGGACUUUUAUCCGAACCAGGGAUUUAAUAUGCCAGGAUGUAGUCUGAAUCCAAGCUGCAAUCAUCACAGGUGUAUCUUCUACAUGGCUGAAUCUCUGGUAAAUGGCGGUUUCACUGGACAUCGAUGUGACUCCAUGUUUAAACUCAUUAAGAAAGACUGUGAUGAAUCAGACACUCUGCCGAUGGGAGGACCCACUGCUAAGCCCGGAGCUACCGGGAUAUACUAUUUGAAAACGAAUGAUGAAUCUCCUUACUCACAAGGCUAA